GGAGUAAAGUAUUGGCUGUAAGAAGUAAGAGAAAACAUAACAUCUGUUUUUUUAUUUUUUAUUACCUCUCAUGACAUUGCUUGCAAGAAUAAACAUUGUAAUUAAUAUUUUUCCAAUCUGCGUUACCCACUCCAGUCAGCAGAUGGCGAUUUGAGUCUUUCAGGCGAUGCUGCUUGCGUGACGUAUAAUCUAGUGGACGGAACUGGAGGCUUCUUCAACAGCGACAAAAGGCUUCUGAUUCAACCAACGUGGUGAUUUGCUAGCGAACCUAAAACCGAAACAUUGAAGCGCUUUAGACCAAUCUUGUCUAUUUUACUCUUAGUGUUUGGAAUAUAAUUCUGUUUACUUAUCUACUAGUUCAUUUAAACGUAAUUUGCUUGUUAAAUUAGCAAAUGUGUUAAAUUGAUAAUGCACUAGGCUAAUCGACCGGAGCAUGAGCUCACUAAGCUCGACGGAGAAAGAAGCUCUGAUGAAAGGAGAGGAAGAAGCUUUCAGGAUGAAAAAGGAGGAAGAGGAGGCUAUCACAUUGAAAGAGGAAGAGGAUGAUAUUACAGUGAAAGAGGAAGAUGGGAAAGAGGUUGUCAGAAUGGAAGAGGAGGAGGUAGAAGCUUUCAGAAUCAAAAAGGAGGAAGAUGCCGUAAUAUUGAAAGAAGAGAAUGUAGUGAAAGAAGAGCAAGAACCUUUUAGAGUAAAAGAGGAAGAGGAGGCUAUCUCAAUAAAAGAGGAGGAAGACGUUUUGGGAGUGAAAAAGGAGGAGGCUGAAGAUCAGAUUACAAACAGAGAGAGACGUGACUAUCGUGGAUCCUCUGGGGAGCCUCAACAACAUCCUGAUGCUGACAAGUCAGAGAAGAGUCUCUCCAGAUCAGAACACCAGAUGGACAAUGCUAGCCCUUCCUCCCUCCCGGAGUCCCCGUGUCAUGCCUCUCCUGGUAGCGCCUUACUGCUGGGUAUGAAGAGGUUGUCUGUGCUGCUGGUGGACUGCAGGAAAACAACGGGGCUGAGUGGAACUGUGGGAGGAGGAGAAGAGAAGAAAGGAUCAGAUUUGACUCAUCAAAGAGAGAGACACGACUAUUGUGGAUCCUCUGGGGAGCCUCAACAACAUCCUGAUGCUGACGAGGCAGAGAAGAGUCUCUCCAGAUCAGAACACCAGAUGGACAACGCUGGCCCUUCCUCCCUCCCGGAGUCAACGUGUCAUGCCUCUCCCGGUAGCGCCUUACUGCUGGGUAUGAAGAGGUUGUCUGUGCUGCUGGUGGACUGCAGGAAAACAACGGGGCUGAGUGGAACUGUGAGAGGAGGAGAAGAGAAGAAAGGAUCAGAUUUAACUCAUCAAAGUUUUAGGAAGUGUGUAGGUCGCAUUCUGUAUCAUACAACUAUGAAGGAGAUCCCUCAGGAGACCAUCCGCCACCUCAUCAGGAGCAUGCCCAGGCGUUGUAGGGAGGUCACACAGGCACGUGGUGGCCACACACACUACUGAGCCUAAUUUUUUGACUUGUUUUAAGGACAUUACAUCAAAGUUGGAUCAGCCUGUAGUGUGGUUUUCCACUUUAAUUUUGAGUGUGACUCCAAAUCCAGACCUCCAUGGGUUGAUAAAUUUGAUUUCCAUUGAUAAUUUUUGUUUGAUUUUGUUGUCAGCACAUUCAACUAUGUAAAGAAAAAAGUAUUUAAUAAGAAUAUUUCAUUCAUUCAGAUCUAGGAUGUGUUAUUUUAGUGUUCCCUUUAUUUUUUUGAGCAGUGUAUUUACAACCACCUGCUUGAUAGGAAUUCAGCGAUGUUUGUGUCUUGAGUGUCAUAGAACUGUCUAAUGUUUUGUGUUCUAACUUAUAAAACAGAAAUAAAAAUAAGUAAUGUAAACAUGUCAGUAAUUACCAGGAUGCUCUACAACAUUUGUUUUAAAAUCACACAAAGAUUGUUUUAAAUGAUGAAACGUUUGAAAGCUGGCCUCAGGUUAUUGAGGCAUCUGAUUUGGUUUAAACCUCAUAACAAGGCAGUUUUAUCAUGUGGAGAUUUCAUUCUGGUCUGUCUUAAAAUAAACACUGUCUUUGGCAGGAGGAAAACCAAACUUGGACGAACUAAAGACGUCCAAACCAGCAAGUCGACACCUCUGCUCCCAGUGUGGCAAA